GUUUGUUGAAGGUGGUUUUUGUUGUUUUAAUUACUAUUUUAAUGUGUUUGGUGAUGGGUGGGAGGAUCGAUUGGUAUAUGGUUUAUUCAUGCUUGACGUAUUAUCAUACUAGUGUGUGUCACAUGGCCUUGUAUGUUUCUGAAGAUAUACCGUAGCCAUCACGAUGAUUCUUUGUUUGACUUAUCUAUGAUAUUGUAAACACCAAACUAUGUCAGACCAAAUGGUUGAUCCUAAUGAGCCAUCAGCGUACAUUGCAAAUGCUGAUGGUACAUACACAGCCAUACCGUUCAGUCAGACUGAAGAUGGGCAAGUAGUAUUGCAACUAAAUGAGAUGGGUUUGUCCAAUGAAGGUGAAGAAAUGGUUCUAAUUGCUGCUGAUGACACAGCGACAUUGGAAAGUCUGAUUGCUUCGGGUGCUGUUACAGCUAUUGCUGCUGAGAAUGGUACAGAGUAUCUACAGUUCACAGAUCCUGGUAUGGAAGGGGCUCAGGUCAUCGAGUUACCGGCAGAUCAAAUGCAACUUUGGGAUCCGAAUUCCAAAGCAUACUAUGAUGCAUCAGGUAUAGGACCUGGUUUCGUUGCUUUAACAGGGCAAUCUAGUGGUGUCACUUACCGUUGUCCAUCUUGUCCAGCUAUGUAUGCUAAUGCUAACGCUUUUACUAAACAUAUGCGCGAAAAACAUUUCGUUAAAGUUUACACAUGUCGUCAAUGUGAAGAGUUUUUCGAAACUCUCAGUCAGUUAUUUCUGCACGCUCGACGCAGUCAUGUUGAUCCUAAAAAGCCAAAACGAAAUCCGGCCAAUUUCAAAUUUCAUUGUGACCAGUGUAACUAUAUGACGAAUAAUGGUGGGACAAUGGAACAUCAUAAACGGGCACAUACAGGAGAAAAACCUUUUGUUUGUGAUGUUUGCAAUAAACGUUUUGCUCAGAAAGCAAAUAUGAAAACUCAUCGAAAUCGACAUAUUCACCGGGACAAGAUAUUCCGUUGUGACACGUGUAAUAAAGCUUUUUCAUCUUAUGACAUUUACCUUGCUCAUCUUCGAACAAGAGAACAUGAACUUCGGGAACAUUUCGCUAUGAUGGCAUCUUCACAGUUGGCUUUAGAGUGUUUGGGUUGUGCAGUAACCUUCGAUAGCAUAUAUAACCUGAAUAAGCAUACAAGAAGCUGCCGUAUUGUUCGUACUCUACAAACUAAAUUUCGGUGUUUACCGUGUAAUGCCUAUGUCAGUGAUGUGGCAUCAUUGAAAGCUCAUGUAAAAGCCCACGAAGGCAGUCAAAUCAUAUCGUGCCCUGUAUGUGGUGAACGCGGAUUCCCAGGUUUCAAUCAACUAAAUCAUCAUAUUACAAGGGCUCACGCUUUGAAAGUUAAUCGUCGCCACGUUUGUCGUUAUUGUGAAUCCACUUUCGAGAUUAAGAAAGACUUAGAUAUGCACAUUCGAAGUAUGCACGCUGAAGAAAGAAACGCUCGUCAAUCGAGGGGAGCUGUUGGUCGCCUGAAAUGUCGAUAUAACCAUUGUGAAUUCACAACAAAUUCGAUAAUGUUGUUAGAUCGACAUCAUGAUCAGCAUCGACGUCAGGAAGAAGAUGGGGAAGAUGUUGGACUUGAACUUCCUCCUGCUCGGUACUCAUACACAAAACGGAAAAAGCUAAAGUUGUCCAAGCGAAAUCGACUUGUUGAUGGAUACGAAGAUGAUGAGGAUGCAGAGACUGGUGAUGGCGAGGGAGAUGAUGACAUGGCUGAUGAUGAAGAUGAUACUUAUGAAGAUGUUGGUGUAGAUGGUAGUAAGUCCAUUUUCUACAUGAUCAAUUUUUUUAUCCCUUAAUUAUUUUAUAUACAUUGUAUUAUUGAUGUGUAUCCCUAAUAACUUACCUUAAUGUUGUAUUCAAAUACGUUUGAUAUUGUUUAAUAUCUGUUCGCCAAUAGCGGUACAAGUGAUAUAACUAUCCUUCAAAGGACAAGUAUAUUGCGUAGAAAUCCGUUAUAUAUUGAAGAAUCCAAAAUAUGAUAUCUAGUAUUCAAUUGUAUUUGUCUUUGAAGCUUAUCCUUCUAAUGGUGGGACUCGUGGUUAGACUUACAGUUCAUUAACCAAUCACUCAAAUCUCAGCUAGUGGGCAUCUGGCUCAAACAUUACCUACAUACUUCGAUUUUAAAAGCUAGGUAGUAUCAGAGGCUUUGCGUCUAAGUGUAAUCUAAAGCUAAACUAAACUAAACUUGGCUACCGGGGUACAUAGAAAAUAUCAGUCAUCACGUGAUUUGGUCCUUCUUACUUACUAGCACAGAAGUAUAUUAGAGAAUGUCAAACGUGGCUAGACGAAUAUAUGGUACCAAUCACUGGGUAUUAGCAUGGGGCCGUUCAGGAUGCAAAUGUUCUGACCACUCCCUUACCAAACGACCGAAACAGUAGUUAGGGACUAAAGGAUUAUAACUUGAAGUCGAUCGACAUUUUCAAUACUUUCUCUUGUCUUUUUCUUCCAUUCACUUGUUUAUUUUGCUCUUACAAAUUAGUUCUGUAUUAUCAGCACUAUUGUUAAUCCUACUUUUCUUUCUGUUAAUAUCCUGUCGGUUCUUUCAAAUGAGAUUUAAACACUUCAACCAAUAUAUGGUUUUGCACUAGGUCUGUUCAUAUGCUUUAUACAUUGACUUUCACCGGUAUUCCUUUACAGUCCAUUAAUCCAGGAAUGUUACAAUAUAAAAAUCCUGUUCAAAUGUAAGUUCGAAAGGCUAACUCCACAGCUUACAAUAUCUGUGUAUCCAAAAUGCUUUUUUUUGAAACCUACGUUAGUUUAGUCUUAGUCCGGUAACAUGAAUAACCCUCAAAUAAUGUACAUCAAAACCGAGUAGAUAAACUUGUACUUGGUAAAUAAUUUACAUUAAAUCCCGUUAGGUUUUUAUUUAUCAUCCAGCAACAUAAGAAUCCCUACUGAUUAUAAGCAAUAACAAUUUUGACAGCAUACUUUACUGAAUCUUUAUCUACAAUAUUCAUUUUAGUGUCUCUUGUAUAUUAUGCAUUUAUUCAAUUGUCAUAUGAUCUUUUUAGACGUUACUAGACGUACUAUUACUCUUAUAAAAUCUAAUACUCGUAAAGUACAAGGCAAUGAAGAAUACACUUCAGGUAGUACAGGUGGUGUUGGUGUUUUAAACGAAAGCAAUACAACUAAUCGUCGUAUGUCUAGAGCACGUCGUCUUCCGGCUUGGUAUAAAGAUUACGAUACUGAUUUUGUUAUGCAUGAAGAAGGUGUAAUGGACAGGGAAGAAGUACAAGCUCAACUUCCACCAGGUAUAGAAUUAGAAGAUCCAUCUGCUGUAGAUAAAGAAGAUGUUCCAACAGAGGAGUGGAAUAUUGUUGUAUAUGAUGAUGAUGAUGAUGAAGAUGAAGAUGAAGAUAGUCCUAUAGAUUAUGAAGAUGAAGAUAGUAAUGUCAUAAACGAUAGUAGUACCUGUGAUACUACUGGACUAUUAAAUGUACAUGCUUUUGCAUAAUUAAGAAACUCCCCCCCCUCCAGUAUACAAUAUAUAUGUACAGGUUUGAAUUAAGUUCAUUAUCCAUCAGAAUAUGUGUACAGCUCUUUUAAUCAUCAAAUAUUUAAAUAUAUGUAUAAUAAAAGGUUUUAUAAUUGGACACUUUCUAGUUUUUUUUUUAAAAUGUCUUUUCUGUUAUUAUUUCAGAGUAUUUAUUUACUUCAUGUUUAUAAAUAUUUUCGUGUUACAGUUUCUUUGUUAUGACUGUUCGUUCUCAUUGUAUUUGGCAAUUAGUUUUCUUUGCAUAGAAUAAGUUAAAAUGUUAGAUGUUUAUCCUCCUAUUAUUUUUCUUCUAUGAAUUCAUUCUCAGCUAAAAUUCAUCAGUCAUCAUAUAUUUCUCAUUAACUUGUGUAAUAUUUAUAUAUAUAUAUACAGUGUGUGUGUGUGUUUUGUACUCCAUGAAUAAACUGGCAGCAUUUAUUCAAUAGAUUUUCGAAAGUUAUUAUUGGAUGGUAUAAAUUACAAAUUAUUUAAUCU